AUGUAAAAUCAAUAAUUUGGCAGUGAUGCAAAAGGUUACAAAGAAUAGGCUUAACAAAGAAAAUAAUUAAAAAUCGAAAAGUUAUGGAAUGAAAUCGAAAAAAACCCAGAGCUACGUCCUCAAUUCAUCUUACUCAAAAAAAAAAUAAAAAAUUCUCAUACAAAGAGAGAAGAGACUUCUGGGAUGAUUUUAAGUAUGAAAGAAGAAUACAGUCAAUUAAAAGCAGACAUUAAGGAGUUUCUAAAAAAGCAGAACAAAAUAAAGUCAGUGAACAAUCCUGCUAAUAAUAAAUGA